UCCGUGGCUCACUCACCUCCACUCUCUCUCUCCCAGGGUCCUCAGUCAGCUGAUCGGAAGUAAACAUGAAGACCUCGACUCCCUUCUGGUGGUGUGCGACGUGUGUGAGCUUCCUGGUGGCUGCAACACUCACUACAGGACAGAUAUCUUCGUCAGGAGGCAGCAAAAUGGUGACGGGAGUUGUCUUUGGUCAAGGUUACUCCCUCGUCUGUAGUCCUCCUCCUGCUGCUACUGACGCUGCCGGUGUUAGUGUCCAACGUGCAAGCGGCGGGAGCUCACCAGGGCUCUCCACCGCCACCACUUCGUCCUUCACCUUCUGCGCCUUCGUCAAGUUACUCAGGAGUCGUAUACGAUCUCCUUUAUUGGUCUACACUCCUGUCAACACCUGGAGCGCUACUGUAGACUUGGGCCGCCUGGGAGUGUCACUGAAGGUGCAGGUGGAGAAGAAGAAGGAAGAGGAGAAGAGGGAGGAGGAAGAGAGGGAGGAAGAGGUACUACAGUAUUUCUUUGAGGCCAAGUUUCCUCCCGGUGUUUGGCGUCACCUGUGUUUGCAGUUCGACCACCUAACACGACAGGCUGAGUGUUUCAUCGAUGACACCCACGAACCUCUCGCUGCCGGGGACCUGCCAGAGAGGGGCGCCGAAAGCACGCUGGUGGGGGAGAUUGAUCAACUCCCUGGCAGCUUCAAAGAGAAAGACACAGUAGUUGAUGAUGGUGGUACUACUGCCCGGGGGUCAUCGGGAGGUCACAACUCACCCACGAUAGUUGUAGGGGCUAGGCGUGGGUCAGGUGGGGUGGUGUGUGUGGGUGGGGUUGACCGUGGUACCCUUGAGGCCCAGGUCGCUCGUGCUGCCAUCUGGAGGAGAACACUGGGGGCAGAGGUGUUACUUCAGGCAUCGGGAUGUCGGGGCCAGCAUCCUGUCGAGGCUCCGUACCUGAUGAUGGAGCGACAGUGGACGGUGGCUGGUAACGCCUCCCUCGGGUCAUACAGCCUGGAGGAGUUGUGUCUCUCUGAGCAGCGCCCUGUAGUGGUUCAGCCCGCUGGGUCUUACUCCCGUCAUGGGAUCGUCUGCCAUGCUCUUGAUGGGGCCCUUAUGAGUAGUGCGGACCUCACGCCCUCCACAAUGCUACUAGCUCGAGGCGCUAAUGACUCCUGCGUGGGCCCGGGGGGUCUGGUGACGUGGUUGUCGGGAGGUAAAUUGGAUAAAGGAGCAGCAAUGAAGGUGACGGCGGAGGAUGAGUGUCCUGCCCAGGGCACUGAAGGAGGGAUGUUCGCCGCCUGUGUUCGUCAGCUCCAGUGUUCUCUGUGUCAGGUGCCGCUCACUGUCAUGUACAACCUGUAUGGUCACGACGGCAGGCUGUUUGAUCACAACUACUACAUCGACACACAGGCUGGUCAGCUGGUGUUCAGAGGGGUGGGAGGCUCAGAGAUAGUGAGUGCGGGAGGAGGCUGGGUGUUGAGGUCGACGCUGCACCAGAUGGAGUGGGUGCUGGAGGAGGGACCGGUGCCUGUGGGUCGUCAGCAGUGGGGUGCCGGGGCUAGAAAGGUCGUGCUGACCCUCACCACCUGCCGCACCUCACAGUUUGCUUGUGACGACGGCCAGUGUGUACCUCAGACUUCUCGUUGUGACGAAAUUUUUCACUGUAACGACAGGUCCGACGAGGCCAACUGUCGUGUGGUGGACCGGGCACCUGGGUACGACCCCUACUACCCUCCACCCCCACGACCCGACGAGAUCACACCGAUGGACCUCAUCUACCACGUUGACGUGUACAGCAUGGACGACCUGACUACUGAGGGGGGCGUGGCCACCAUGAACGUGGGGAUGACACUCAAGUGGUUUGAUCCCCGCCUGAAGUUCCUCAACCUUAAACCCAAAGUGAAGAAUUACUUCCUCUGUGACCUGGUGUGGACGCCCAGUGUCCGGGCUGUCUCAGGGCACGGGGAGGGCACCGUGCUGGAGACUACAGACUACGAGAAGUUCUGCUACGCCUACGCCGACACGACCUCCGAGAGACCCCUUGAAGAUUCUUUCAUGAGCCACCAGGCGGACGGGACCUCCCACGCCAUCUUGAACUACGUGGGCGUGGUGGCGUCGGUGCCGUGUCACUUCCAGCUUCAGAUGUAUCCCUUCGACUUCCAGCUGUGCAACAUCUCCUUCAUGCUGAUGAACGCCCCCUGGACCCGCAUCUUCAGGAAGUCCCAAAAAGGAAAACGCGUCCCAUACCUCGACUCUCGUCGAGUGCUACUGGAGUACGCCCUGGAGGAACAGACAACAGAGGUGGGCUGGUUCCUGCAGGGUACCGACAACAACACAUACUUCGCUCUCACCUUCCACCUGCGUCGCCUCUACGGUUAUCACGUCGUCAACAGCUUCUUCCCUAGCCUCCUUAUGUUCCUCAUCUCUUACGCUACACUCUUUUUCCAGCUCGAGGACUUCACCAACCGCAUCAUGGUGUCCCUCACGGCUCAGUUGGUCCUAGCAGCUCUCUUCACCUCCACCACACAGUCCUCCGUCAAGACCCCUUACCUCAAGCUGAUCGACGUGUGGUACGCUGCCGUCAUCACCUUCUGCUUCGUCAUCGUCAUCACCCAGACCCUCGUGAAUGUGGUCUUCAACAGCACCAAACUCCCCAAGGUGGUGGUGAGGGCCGUGGGCUUCAAGAUGUCUGAUAUGGAGUUUGGAAAGCCUGUGCAUUCCAUUACUAUCCAGAGAGGAGGAGAGAAGACCACGCCCCCAGGCUCCACACACACCAAUAGGCUGAGGGGGAGGCGACCAGCUCAGGAGGUCGCCCGUCGGUACAACUCCGUCGCCCGUAUCGUCAUCCUCGCCGUCGUCGCCACCUUCGUCAUCUUCUACGGUAUGAUGGCAAUGGGUGUCAUAUAAGAGGCCGCAGGAUAUUAAGUCAGGACGCCGACUGAGCUUUAAAUCCUACGGUUCCUUUACCUACUGUUAUCUGGGUGACCAAGAUAACAUCCUGUAAAGAUAAUUCAAGUAUAAGAUCACUAUAAAACGCUGUUGAAAUCCUACAAUGAUAACUUAAAGCAAAGCAUCAACAGAAACUAUUCUGGUGGGAUCCUAAACACAAGCUUGAAUCCUAAACAUCCUACGUAAUCAUAUCCUGCGUCUUAUCUACACUGAGAGCUCAUUAGUGACCUGUGCACCCGUAUCACCUGUUGGUUAUACUCAGGCUCCCUUGUAUCUACAGCUUUGGGAACGUUUGAUAAUUUCUAAGGUUUGUAUUUGACCAUUUCUGAAUAAACAUAAACAUAACAUUUUAACAAUAACAACUAUGUAUCAAUCAUCCAUAUGUAUCAAGACUCAAUAAUAUGUAUUUAUCACCGUCCGUUCAUAAUGUCCUAUUCUGAUAACGUCACUUCCGGCUUGGUUAAAAUGGCUGAAAUCGAAUCUCCGUAAAUAUUAUAAAAUUAAUACCCAAUUGAUGCAUAAAUUAACAGUAUGAUUAAAUCUGAGUAAGA